CGUACACAUCCGGAAAGGCAUUCCACUUUUCUUUGGGAUUUUUUUUCAUUUCUUAUAGAAAGUAACUUGACACUAAAUUGGAAUGGUGUCGACACUUUAACGCAUCAUAUAGGCCUAAACAUUUGUAUCUCAUUUCCACGUUUAAGUACAUAAUUGGGAAAUGCACAAUAUCUUGGUCUAGAUCUAAUAUUUAAUUUUAUUUUCACGUUUUGGUUCCUCAAUGCCAAUGGCAAUUUUUUGUGUUAAAAACUUCUACAGCAGUUCAUUAGUACAUUGACGCAACAUCAAUAUGGAUAAAUACGUUAAAGUAAGACAGAUAGGCGAGGGUGCCUUUGGUAAGGCGAUUCUUGUACGACAAAAGCAGAUCAACAAGCAAAUGGUCAUCAAGGAGAUUAAUAUUGCAAAGAUGAAUUCAAAGGAAAGAGAAGAGGCAAGAAAAGAGGUUGCUGUAUUGGCACAGCUUCAUCAUCCCAAUAUUGUUGCCUAUCGGGAAUCUUUUGAAGAGCGAGGAUUACUCUACAUCGUCAUGGACUUCUGUGAGAAGGGUGACCUUUAUUCCAAAAUCAAUGCUCAGAGAGGGAUUCUUAUACCAGAAGAUCAGGUGCUGGAUAUGUUUGUACAGAUGUGUCUCGCCAUUAAACAUAUACAUGAUAGGAAAAUCCUUCAUCGUGACAUCAAAUCACAGAAUAUAUUUUUAACAGCUGAUGGGAGUAUCAAAUUAGGUGAUUUCGGAAUUGCAAAAGUUUUGAACAGUACUGUAGAGUUAGCGAGGACCUGUAUAGGGACACCCUAUUACUUAUCUCCUGAGAUCUGUGAAAACCGUCCCUACAACAACAAAAGUGAUAUAUGGUCGUUAGGCUGUGUCCUUUAUGAGAUGACAACACUAAAACAUGCUUAUGAAGCUGGAAAUAUGAAAAAUUUAGUAUUGAAGAUAAUCAGAGGUUCUUACCCGCCUAUCCCACCAAAGUACAGCUAUGAACUUCGGGGAUUGAUAGCAAAGCUCUUCAAACGAACCCCGAAGGACAGACCUUCAGUCAACUCUAUAUUGAAAACAAACUUUAUAACAAAGAGAGUGGGCAAAUUUCUUUCAGAAGAUCAAAUCCAAGAUGAGUUUAGUCAUACUGUGAUGCAUGGUAAAAAGAUAGCAAGGAAGUUACCUCCCCCACCUUCCUCAUCCAGACCCCCUUCUGCUGCAGGUGUGAGAAAACCAGCAGCUGUUCAGCCUCCGGCUCGCUAUAAUCCUGCUAGUGUGUACGGGGCUCCUGUAGGUGGUCCAAGGAAGUCGAAGGAAAACAGGGGUUCUGUGGAUGUAAAGAAACGUCCAGGCAGUGCAGGGAGUGCAGGUCGUCCAGGGAGUGCUGGACGUCCAGGAAGUGCUGGACGUCCAGGCAGUGCCAGCCAGGUGAGAGGAUACCCCGGGGACAGAGGUUACUUAGAUUUAAAAAAGAAAAAGGAAGACAUGAUUUUGAAAGAAAAGAAAAGGAGAAUGGAAGAAAACAAGGCUGCUGCUGAGAAGAAACACAGGGAAUUAGUGGAGAAACAAAAGCUGGCAAGAAUCAAUAGAGCAAGAGAAGAUAACUGGAAGAACAUGAUGAAUUCAUUAGAUUCUGACGAGGGGGCUAAGAAAAUCCCCAGUGAUAGACAUGAUGCUAGAGAACCACCAAAACAGCCGCGGCCCCUGCCUGAUCCUCCACAGAACAUUGCUCAGAAAGAUAGAGGGAACUAUGAACGCUACCAUGCAUACCUUGAUAAAAUACAGAAAAACAGAGAUGCACAACUAAACAACAUGAGACCAGCUCAGCCUGCUGCAGCCUACAUGGCAGCUCCCAAGCCUGUCCAAGCCACCCCUAAACAGGCCAUCCCCUACUGGAAGCGUCCUAGCUCUGGCCGCACCCCUGAGCCACCACCCAUGUACCCCGACCCCAGAGCGGGUGGUGACAGACCUGUAACUCCAGCACAGGAAAGGGCAAGAAUAGUUGAUGAAUUUGUGAUGAGGAAGAGGGAAGCUGCCAUGAACAGACAUCGUGGAAAUGCUGACUUAUUUGGGAAUGCUGUCCCAGCUGCUGCAGCAGCACCACCGUAUGCUGUCCAGAGACCGCGCCAGUCCCCUACACCAGGCAGACACGAACCUAGUGAGGAGGCUCUAGACAGUGCCAGAGACAGAGAGGAAAAGGAGUACUUGGAGAAGUUAAAACAAAUUAGGAUGCAGAAUUACCAGGAGAGAAGACAGAUUCAAGGGAAGCCCCAGGAUGCUAAAGCAGAAGCUGAGGCUCGGAGGAAGAAGGUCGAAGCACUAAGACAACAAGCAGAUGACAGGGCCAAACAUCUAAAGGAACAAUUGGACAGGCAGCGCAGGGAUAAGUUUGAUCAAGGUAGACAGAAAGCCAGUCGACCAGUUCCAGCUCCACGCCCAGUGAUGAGCCCGGCCCCUGCAGUGGCGAUGACUGCAGCCCUGAGGGCUGUUGGGGUUGAGCCAAAGGAACUACCCAAACCUGUACCAACGCCAGCUGUAGGCAUGACAGGAGCCCUGAAGGCCAUAGGGGUAGUGGUUGAUGACCCCCCACCAGUGGAUUCCAAGAGUCCCCUGAAACAACAGAAGGAAGAAAUUCUUCGUCGUUUAAAUGAGAAGGUUACACCAAGGGGUAAAUGGGGAGCUCAGGGAGAAAUCGCUGUCAAGGAGGAAGUACAAGAUCCUCCGGAGUCGUCCCGAUCUCGAUGGCAAGAUGGAGCCGGUGACCAAAUAUCAAUCAAGGAAAUGCCUUUAGAACAGACUGCCUCACAGAUGGAAGCUACAAGUUUACAAGAUAAGGUUAUACAGCAUCCAGCCACAGAUGCGGCAGUAGCAGCCGAGGCAGCGGCAGCUGUUUCUAGACGACAAUGGGGUCGUCCGGGCAGUACAGUUUUAAACGCUUUAAAGGAAAUUCCAAUAAAGGAAGGUACCAUAGAAAGCAAUAAAUCAGACGACAGCGUUCCCUCGUCCGAGGAAGGGGACGGUAAACCAGCCAAAGGGUCCACCAUCACACUCUCUCCCAAACCUGUCAUAAACAAAGGCACCAUCACUAUAGGAGAUGCUGACGAGGCCAAGCAGAGCAAAGAUAAGUUCCUCAAGAGACCUGACAUAUCCCAACCAAUCUCUGAGGAAUCCAACACCACUGCUUCACAGAAUAAAGAUUCCAAUCAAACCAAAGAUACAAUGGAGGCUCUGUCAUCCGCUAAGCCUCCCCUCCCAAACAAACUGGACUUCCCACCAAAGCCUGUAGUCGCUCCUAAACCACAGCAGGAUGCCCUGCCCACACCAGUACUUUUAGCAAAGCCUGACUCGCCAAUGAAUUUUGGCAAGGCUGACCAGACCCCCAAGGCAGUUGACCUGUCCGGGGAGGGUAAACUAUUUGAAAAGGUGGACAAAGAUGAGGCCAAAGAAAAAGAAGUCUCCAAGGCGCAAAUUUCUGACAAGGAGGCCAAGGGCAAAAGCAAUCUAUCACCAAGUGAGAAGCGGAGUUCGGGUGUGAUACUUGGCCUGACGAGCGGCCAGUUUGAUAUAGGAAAUGCACACAUGCUACGCACCUGCUCUGAGCCAGAUUUGGCCAAACUGUUCAAGACAUUAGAUCAAUCAUCACAGAAUGCUGAUAAUCCUCAGAGGGUUAGCCUUGAUCUGGAGAAACAACGAGAACAGGUUGAACCACAAGUUGGACUUUUGGACAACGUAGAGCUUGACCUAGAGGAAGAGGAUAUCAACAUUGUAGAUGACGAUGAGUAUGAGGAACUCCUCAGUGUACGGGAGACUAUGCAGAGUCUACUGAUACGUGAGUGUAGUACGGACGAGGACUCUCAACACAGUACCAGUCGCCUAAGUAUGGCCAGUAACCAUGACAAUAAGAUCAACGAGGAGGAGGAGGAGGACGACGAAGUGACAGAGGAAAAUAUAGAUGACAAGAAAGAGUUACAUGUCAGUGAUGAAAGUGAUAAUGACGAUGCUGACGAGUAUCAGAGGAAAUUGGCAGAGAAACUGAGCGAUGGAGAUGAAGAGGAGGAAAACAAUGAUAAUGAUGAUGAUUUAGAGAACCAAGAAGAGAACAAUGAAGGAGAGGAAGACUCAGAAGAGAAUGAAGAGGAUGAUGAUAUUUCAGAUGAUAAAUUAGAUCUGUUUCAGUCAGACGAGAGUGAUGCAGACACACAGUUCGGAGAUGAUGACGAGGACUUUGACCUGUUCAGCAGACUAGAGGAAUCUAGAGCCGAGCUAGAAAACCAGUUAGGCUGUGAUAUGUUCCUCAAAGUUUAUAAAACAGUACAGGCUCUGCAGGAAGACGAGGAUGAGAACAUGGAGGAUGGUGUUGCCAUUGUGACAAAGAUGCUGGGUAAAGAAAAGGAGCACCUCUACCCUAAAAUAUUCCAACUCGUCAUGGCCGACUCGGCCUUCACAGAAGAACAGAGAUCCCAGAACGAUAAUUAAAUGAAGAACGGGACCAUGAGAAAGCGGACCUCUGCUGGAUGAAUCCUUAAACAUGUUCAGAUUCUGUACAUUUGAUGGAUACAGAAAUUGACAAUUGGGAACUGGACAGAGCUUUGACAUUGUGUAAACAUUGUGUAAACAUUUACUGCUGAAGUUUUCAAUAGAAAACUUAUGAAUAUUUAAUAUUUUUUUCUUUUUAAAGACAUUUAAUUUAAAUGUUUUUAAGUGAGCUGUUCUAAUGCAGCCUUUAGAAGUCAUACCUAUUGCGACGUGCCUUUUGAAAUUGAGUUUUUGGACGGUAGAACUUUUCAGAUGUUUUGUGCGUAAAAGCAACAGAAAUAUUAGAAAACUUAUUGUGUUUUAAGGAGAUUGGAGACUAUAUAACAAGCCAAGUGUCUUUACCAUCAUUAAUUAGUACAAAAAACAAUUUAACAAUCAUGGUUUGUUUGUUUGUUUACUGGCUUUAUUGCCUUGUGAACAGCCAUGUUUGUUUUGAAGUGGAAUCUCCUUGUAGUAGCUAGUGACAUCCACAAAAGGACAGGACAGCCUGUAAUCUCAGUUUCCAUGACGAUGGCAAAACACCCUGUAAUGGAAUAAAAUAAUCACCUCAGAUGUAUACCUGGAGUUUUCUUGUUCGACUGACUUAGCUUUGUCUGCCUCCAACUUUAAUAGUGAUUCAAUAAGUACAAAGACAAGAGUGCAAUGCUUGAAAUAAUGAUAUGUUGAAAAAGGACCUAAUUAUCUUUUGGAAAAUCUGAUUUCACUGUAAUUACUGUGCUAUAAUCUCUAUUUAGAAUAGUCUACGUGAUGCAAAAUUAAAAGAAAAAAAAAUCUGUUCUUCAGAAUUGACAGACACUGAAGGGAAGUUAUGGCUAUAUCAUUUAAAUGUCCUGAUUAAGACCAAAUUCAUACAUAAGAUGACUACAUGGCAGUGUCUAUUAGUAACAAAAUCUGACAAAAAUUGGAUCUGGUCGACAUGUGUAAGUGGUAUGAUAAUAGUGAGUAAUUUUCAAAGGAGAGGUUACCUUCUACUGAUAUAUACAGUGAAUGUGAUAAAUGUUGUUAGACAAUGAUCAUUGCACCUUCAAAAUCCAAGGGUCCUGUUAUAUACAUAUCUUCUAUAUCAUGGCAACAAUAAAAAUCUUGAAGAUUGGAAGAUAUCUUAUCUUUGAAGAUUACAAGGUGCUACACCAAAGUAAAGCCUGUUAGACUGACCUUUCUCUGCCUCCUUUGAUAUUUAGAACUGAGACCAGAGAUUUGCAUGCUUAGGCUUGCAUAACAGUUUUUUGUACAAGUCUAGUUGUAUUGUCCACAACUGGUAGCACAGUCAUUUUUUGUAUGAAGAAAUGAUAUGUGAAAAAAUGUGAAGAUCAAAUGAGAUGUAAAGAAAUGAUUUGUGAAGAAAUGUGAAGAUCAAAUGAAAUAUGAAGAAAUGAAAUGUAAAGAAAUGAUAUGUGAAGAAAUAAAUGUGAAGAAAUGUAAUGUGAAGAAAUGAUAAGUGCAUCGAACAUGGGGCUCUUGGAACUCAAAGCUAUGGUCAUUGUGAAUGGUAAAGUUGAUCAGAUUUGCAGUGGAUAUUGUAUACUGCUUGCUAGGCUACUAUAAAGCUGGUUGUCUAGUUGAAUUACUUCUACUUAAUAUCAGUUACAAGCAGGUGGUUAUCAUCGACUGGCAAACAGCUGCAAGUCUUCAACACAUAGUUCCAAAUUAUAAAUCAUAAUUAAUUUUUAACAAUUUAAUGACUUCAGCUUGAUAUGGAGUAUGUGUUAAUGUAAAAAAAAAAAAACAAGUGUUGAUUUGAUGUCAUCAUCUGUCAGAGUGUACAUACUGAGUUUAGAUUCUGUGAAUCUGACAUCUAGAGAAUGCCAUACACAUAUGUUUUGUGUAACAUUGCCAGUUUGGUCACUGUCUUAGUGCAAUUCGGUGACCAAGAUCAUUUAUAUGUAAUUUCGCAGGGACCUGGCACGAAGUCCCAACCCAUCAUCCUUAAUACACACAUAUAUAUAUAUGGACCAAUAGUGUGGGAAAUUUUGUCAAGUCCCUGUGUUGUAAUAUAGAUAAUUCAUUAAACUAUUAUAUUGCAUAUGGUUAACAAUGUAAUUGAAAAAUAUGAUAAUGAGAAAUGUCAACAUUUCAACUUCUAAGUUUUGUUUUAAUCUGUGACAGUAAAUAAAACCAUUACCUGUACUUGUAUAUGUAAAUGUAUUGUUUUCACAGGGUGUAAGUAAUAUAUAAGUACAAUGUAAACUGAAAACAGAUAUACAAAGUACUUGUAGUUUUAGAAACCACGACUGUAAAAUUGUCUUUCACUAAGUAUUACUAUAAAUGUUGUUUAAAAUUUGUCAGGAACACAUUCCAUUCAAAUAUUGUAUCUACUUGACAAAUGAAUUUAUAAUGCCUUUCAUUCAAUAUAUGUUGCUGAUGUGUGUGGUGAGCAUUAUUUGUAUUUAGACUGAUUGUUACGGUUGAAGUGUGUGUAUACAAUAUAUAUAUAUCAAAGUAUAAAUUGUAACAUAGUUUUUUGUGUUGUGGUACUAGGAUUAAUGUAUGUAGCUGUUUGUUGGGAAAUGAUUGAAAAAUUUACGAUAUCACAAUGCAAGACUGAUGAGCGAAAAGACAUUAUCUGAUGUGAUCAUAUAGAUUUAAAUGCUUAUAAAACUUCAACAUAAUUAUAUCAUUAGAAUUAUGCAUGUUGUAUUCAUGAAAUACGUUCUUACAUUCAUUUAAUAAUUCUUACAAGACAUACAUGUACAAAAAGAAAUCACGUUUCUAUUUGUCGAAUUUAAAUACAGUGGCACAUUGACUUCUAAAUACCCAGAUAUGUUUAAAUAUAUGUUGAAUAGUGAGGUUAACAAAACCUUAGAUCAAGCAAUUAGUUGUUAUGAUACUUUUAGCAGUUGUUAUUUCCUGUAUAAAUACACAAUGAUUAUUUUGUUUUCCGUCCCGUACAAAUGAAGUAUUCUUUCUUGAUCUAUCAACAGAAUGUAUAUACAUUGUUGUAUUUUUUCACCUUGUUUUAUGUUUAUUUACUAUUUAAUUUACACGUUUUUGUCGAUUUUAUGUUCCGUCCAUCCAUAGUCCUGAUCGGACUUAUUCAGCAGCAAUCACACGAUUUGUAAGACUGCAUUUCUUUAUCUGCAGUUUCAAGGAGCUUUGGAACAUUGUCUUAUUUAAAAAAAAAAAAGAAAUGAGAUGUUUCUUAUCUAAAACAAAACUAUGCAUUUGCGGAAAAAGUGCUGUAAAUGGUAGCAGCCUCCUAUAUGGUACUUAUGCCAUGACAAGCAAUUCAUCACAACAUCAACAUUGAUCAUUUAAAAGUUUUUACUUUGCUUCUCUAAAACUGUGUUGUAUCUUAUUGCCUUGCAGAUUGUAGUAUAUAAUCUAUUUCACCUAGUUUCACAAAAUUUCGUAACUUUGAGACAGUUCUUUCUCCUCAAAUUGUUAUUUUCUUGAAAGCUAGACUCCUCAUUAAAGAUUAAACUAUAAACAUGUUUAUUUUGAGUCGACAAAACUGAGCCUGAAAAGUAUGUACAGCGAUAAAGAAAAAGGACUUGUGUUGAAAUAGAAUUUUCUUCAUUAAAAUCCUUCUUAAAUACUAAGAAAUUUUGUGAUACUGGGGUCUGGUGCUUCAAAGUUCUGUAGACCCUGACACUUUUGAAUGCUUUUAAAGUUUUGCCGCUAUGGUGUACAUUACUGAUAGUUAAAAAGAGUUAUGUAUGUAAAAUGAAACUGGACUUUACUGCCAUCUGACUUCAAGCAAAAAUACCAAAAUUGUAACUCAAUUCCUCAGAGUGUCGGUAUAGGCAGGUUUCACUAUAUGACUCCCUCAGGGUAUUGUUAUAUUGGAAGUUUCAUCAUAGUAUAGACAGGUUUCACUAUAUAACUUGCUCAUGUUGUCAGUAUAGGUAGGUUUCACAAUAAAACUCCCUCAUGGUAUCAGUAUAGACAGGUUUCACUAUAUAACUCCCUCAGAAUGUCAGUAUAGACAGGUUUCACUAUAAAACUACAAACAACAGUAGGUGCUUUCACUCGCUAGUCAGGCAGUACCUCUUAUAUGAUUGUGAUGUGAAUAGUUUUUUUUUUUUUUUUCUUCUUUUUUGUUUGGAAGGUUGUGAAAUGCUACAUUCUGUCAUUCUACAUAGUUGUUAUAAAACGUUGAAGUGUGAUAUACAUCUUGAGCGUCUAGAUGUGAUUUUGUGGCUCCGAUGACAUUUAACAGAUUGGAAACUCCUCCAGAAAGUCGACACAGUUCUGAUUUUGCAAAUCAUUUUUGUAUUUUAAGAUUGAUUGUGGCCUAUAUGUAAAACAUUUUUUUAAUAAGCCCACCUGUUAUGCUUAUUAUUAUUCCCAUUUUGUUUGAAAAGUUUUCGUGUUUUGCCGAUUAUCAUUGACUGAUAGAGUCUGAAAUCAACAGUUUUUGGUUGUUUAUAAUAAACAAAGAUGGUGCAGAUAUUGUGUACACCAAAAUCCAUGUUUUAUAUAGGGCGCACUCUAUCAUAAAAUAUAAAGUUGUCUAAUCUCUAGUUCCUAACUUAACAGAAAUUUAUUUAUUUUCACUUCCGUCCAUCAGGUUGGUUUUGUGUCGGAGUAAGGUCAUGUUCUCUUUAUUGGUUAUAUCUCUUCAAUUCAUAAAACAAUCAUAUUUUCAUUCAAUAUUAUUUUAAAUUUGUAUGCAUGUUGAUCUAACCUUGAUCAUUCUUGCAUGGUAAGAAAAUUCACAUUUCACUCGUUGCUUAUUAGAGCAAAAAUUGGGUCAGGAUAGAAAGAUGUUUUGAUCGAAAUAAAAUUAACAAAAUAUAAUUCUAUCAAACACAAGUUUUGAAGUCUGUUUCUAAUGGCAAUGGGACCAGUAUUACACAUUUGUUUCUGUAUAACUUGCUUUAAAAGGCCAUGGUUUUAUUUUCAAAUAUUGUUGGGGUUUUUUUCCAAAAUAAUUCCUGAUCUGAUCAAAAUAUGUAUACAUGUACAUUAUGUACCUGAUGGCGAUUUUUAAGCUACAGUGCUCAUCUGGUUUUCAGGAGUCAUUGAAUGAACUUUUUAAUUAUCUACCCAGGUAGCACCUGUAGUGGCACAAUGCUAUUUGGUGUGUUGUAAUAGUUUACAUCACCAUAAAUAUGUACGAGGAACUUCUCAUUCAAUGUUAAUGACCAUUUUCAAUAAACUGAAUGAUCACAG